GACCGUGUGGUCAGUCAACAAACGGGGGAAGAUGAAGACAGUUUUCAAUGCUGUCCACACUCGCCCGAACUAUCUAAUCCCCAAUGGUUUUCUCAUCCACUCAUUCCCUUUAUCUCUUCCUCGUCCCACCCACCACCUUCCUCCUCCUCGUCUUCCCUCUCUGAAGCUAUCAAAGGCUACUUCACAUUCUACUUCUUCUUCGCUUUCCACCAUGGAUUCUUCUGCUGCCUCUGCCCACUCCGACGACCAACUCGCCUACGACCUCUCCCCCAUCAUGAAAGUCUACAAAGACGGCCGUAUUGAGAGACUUGCCGGCGAAGAGGUUGCUCCUCCCGGCGUCGAUCUCAUCACCGGUGUCGAAUCCAAAGACGUCGUCAUUUCUAAAGACGACGGCGUAUCCGCCAGGAUUUUCCUUCCCAAACUUACAAACCCAGAUCAGAGACUCCCUCUUCUUGUUUACUUCCAUGGCGGUGCCUUCUGCAUCGAAACCCCAUUCUCCCCAAAUUACCACAGCUACCUCAACGCUAUUACUUCUCACGCCAACGUCAUCGGCGUCUCUGUCCAUUACCGGAGGGCGCCUGAGCACCCCGUUCCGACCGCCCAUGAAGAUUCGUGGACUGCUCUGAAAUGGGUCGCUUCCCAUUCCUCCGGUAAAGGUCCCGACGAGUGGCUGAAUCGUCACGCGGAUUUGGGGAAAGUGUUCUUUGCUGGGGACAGUGCGGGUGCUAACCUCUCACACCACAUGGCGAUUCGGAUCGGGUUAGAGAAACCGCCGGGCGUAAAGCUUGAAGGCAUUGCUCUGGUGCACCCUUAUUUCUGGGGCGCAGAACGAAUUGGAUGCGAGCUAAACGAUGCUGAAUCUGCGGCGAAGGCAGAUAAUCUGUGGCGAUUUACAUGUCCGAACACUUCGGGAUCGGAUGAUCCGUUGAUUAACCCGGAUAAGGAUCCUAACACGGGGAAGCUGGAUUGUAAGAGGGUGCUUGUUUGUGUUGCAGAGAAGGAUCUGUUGAAGGACAGAGGAUGGAACUACAGAGAAGUGUUGCAGAGAAAUGGGUUUUCUGGAGAUGUGGAGGUGAUGGAGACGAAGGAGGAAGGCCAUGUGUUUCACAUGUACAGGCCAAGCUGCGAGAAUGCUCUAAUCAUGCUGCGUCGUAUUGUUUCCUUCAUCAAACAGGAUUAAGCAUGUAAUUAAGUUUCGAUUAGUUCAUAAUUACCAGGAAUUGGUUUGAGCAUGUAUGAAGUAAGCAAUAUUGAGUUGUUUUGAUCGCGGUUAUAUAUAUGUAUGCAUCAUGUGGAUUCAAAACAAGGAAGUCUAAUGGAGGUCAUAACUCAUGAGA